CGGCCACCCCCGCAAAGCGCCCUACAUAAGACACCAGAAAAGAAAGCGUUUGCUGCCCGCGCGUGCGCCCUCUUCCCUCCAGCAGGGGAAGAGCUAAAACUCCGCAUGCGCAGAGAAGACCGGACUCCGCAAUGCAUCUACUAUUGAGGCCACACCCCCGACCUCCUUUUAUAGCGCAUAAAGACGCUUUGGUGACGUAGGUACUGGCGGCAGUUUGAAACCUGAGGUCGCGUUGCUGUAAUUGGUGAUUAUGGCGGCGUUGGCUGCCUUCGCCAAGCUCCCAGCAAUCAACUCUGCCACUGUUUUGGUGCGUAUUUAUGAGACGGGGGGAGGGCGGCAACCGGGAGCGCAAACGGGCAGUUUCUUUUCGUUAUUUCCCCGCUUGCUUUUGGCCGGGGCCCUGGUUGUUCUGACUUAGAAAAGUGAGCUCCCACCUCGGCCAAGCAAUACGACGCCUUAAGGUUUUUUUAGCCCGCCUUCCGGCUUCUCAUUGGUUCCCUUGCUGCUUUCCCGUUGGUUUUCUAUUUUGCUUUUGUUGUUGUUGUUUAGCCAUUUAGUCGUGUUCGACUCUUCGCGACCCCAUGGACCAGAGCACGCCAGGCACUCCUGUCUUCCACUGCCUCCCGCAGUUUGGUCAAACUCAUGCUGGUAGCUUCGAGAACACUGUCCUCUGUUGUCCCCUUUUCCUUGUGCCCUCAAUCUUUCCCAACAUCAGGGUCUUUUCCAGAGAGUCUUCUCUUCUCAUGAGGUGGCCAAAAUAUUGGAGCCUCAGCUUCAGGAUCUGUCCUUCCAGUGAGCACUCAGGGAUGGUUUCCGUGAGAAUGGAUAGGUUUGAUCUUCUUGCAGUCCAUGGGACUCUCAAGAGUCUCCUCCAGCACCAUAAUUGAAAAGCAUCAAUUCUUCAGCGAUCAGCCUUCUUUACGGUCCAGCUCUCACUUCCAUACAUCACUACUGGGAAAGCCAUAGCUUUAACUAUACGGACUAUUUUGCUUACUUCCAUGCUUUGGUUUUCUACCGUCACUAAACGGUAGAGUGCUUCUGUUGGCUUAGCUGCUGAGCUGCUUUGGGUGGAGGGUUCGAGUCCCAGGCCAUGUACAGAGUUCAUUUCCCCUCUCAUUUCCCCAUCAGUUCUUUCCCCUCUUGAGCUAGAAGGAAGGAUGGAUGAAAUUUGAGCCCCUUAUUUUAAUACGUCAGACAUGGAGUUCCUUAGGCUUGGUGAUGGGAGCCGCAUCUGCUAAAGUUCUCCCAUCCAGUGAAAUGGUAAAGCUGAACCACUGUUGACUCGGGUAACUGAAGACCAGCCUUCGCCAACCUCGUGCCCUUCAGCUGCUUUGCACUACAACUCCCAGAAGGUCGGCGGUUCAAAUCCCCAUGACGGGGUGAGCUCCCAUUGCUCUGUCCUAGCUCCUGCCAACCUUGCAGUUUGAAAGCACGUCAGUGCAAGCAGAUAAAUAGGUACCAUUGUGGGGCGAAGGUAAACGGCAUUUCCAUGCCCUCUGGUUUCCGUCAUGGUGUUCUGUUGCUCCAGAAGCGGUUUAGUCAUGCUAGCCACACGACCCAGAAAGCUGUCUGUUAACAAACACUGUCUCCCUCGGCCUGAAAGUGAGAUGAGCACCGCAGCCCCAUAGUCGUCAUUGACUGGACUUAACCAUCCAGGGGUCCUUUACCUUACAACUCCUAUCAUUCCUUGCCAGCAAAACUGCAGCCCAAAACUUCCUGAGGGUGUCAGAUCCCGGAAGGCAGCUUAAGACAAACAGAGAGUUGGGCAUAGGGCAGGGGUUGGCAAGGUUUAUCUUGCCUGGGCUGGAUUGGUCCCACGGAGAUUCCUCUGCGUGCGCCUGCGAAUUCCUGCGUCUGUGCAGAUGUGAUUUCCAGCGCCAUGGAAGCAAGUACCCACACAGUGCUGCGCCGGUUUAGCACAGCGUGCAAGCAGGCAGCUCGGUUCAGGGGCGGCUCAUGGGCCAGUCAAAUGACCUCCGUGGGCUGCUUCCGGCCCAUGGGCCUUAGGUUGCUGACCUCUGGCGUAGGGGCUGGACUUGAAAAAUGAGGUGUGGAGGGAGAUGGGGACUUUGGGGCAGGUAACUCGUUAAUUGAUCUCUUAUUCAUAAUUCCUUUUUUUCCUCAGCUAUUAGCCAAAUUUUAUUUUUCUUUAAUAGUUGGUGGGAACAAAUGAAGAUUUCCAAGAGCAGCUAGCAGAGACAAUGCUUAAGGAAAAAGAAGAUUUUAAAAUAAAUAUGUAAGUGGUGAGAGAACUUAAAUUUCUCUCAAAUCUGGAAACUACCAUUUGAAAGAUACUAGUUUUUUGUUCUCCUUUCUGUUUUGAGGUUACUAUGGAACACCAUUGUUCUACGGUAGUGAACUGUUUUCUACUGCAAGGUUGUUAUGAUGGUGGAGAAAGUGUUAUGUUCUAAAACAAGCAGAAUCUUACAACCCAUUAAUGGCCCUUGCAAUACUGAGUUCUUGAUUUUAUUUAUACAUGUAGGAGCUCAGUUGGUUAGAGCAGCAAGGCUACAGGUUUGAUUCGCAUAUAGGAUGGCUGCACAUUCCUGCAUUGCAGGUGGUUGGACUAGAUGAUCCUCAGGGUCCCUUCCAAUUUUACAAUUCUGUUUCUGUGUCUGUUUUCUGGGGCACAGUUCACUCUGGACUCGGCAGUGGUAGAUACUCUCUUCAGUUUGGAGAGCCUAAAGUGUAUAGCCUUCACUAAUGUAAUAGUGCUGUUGCAUUGUUCAGCAGCUUGUAGAGCUGCUUCCUUGGCCCUCCAGAUUUUUUUAGACUACAAUUCCCAUCAUCCCUGAACACUGGUCCUGCUAGCUAGGGAUCAUGGGAGUUGUAGGCCAAAAACAUCUGGAGGGCUGAGAUUGAGGAAGCCUGAGUUAACAUAUUCAGACUUUAGAGAGAGCCAUUUAAAACUGCAACUGGCUUGAUCUCUUAUGUUCAGUUAGAUAUUCUAUAAGAUUUCUACCUUCCUGAUUGAAGUGGUUUAGUUGAAUGAAUCUGUGUUUGUGAUAUCUGUUUCCCCCUUCCUAUAAAGCUUUAGGUUAAAUCUAUCUGUUUUGUAGCCUUAACUAAAAAUGCACCUUGGUUUCUUUCAGCCACUUGACAAGGUCUCUUCCUUUACCUGCAGAGAGAGAUCACAUCCGGCCUCGAAUUGAUCUGAUUGUUUUUAUGAUUAAUGUAAAAAGCAAAUACAGGUAUGUGUAGGAAAGAUGGGUAUGAAGGAAGUUCUUCUUUUAAAAAUGUUAAUGUCAGUGUGGCUAGAGUGUUGGGUAUGGAUGUGGCAAACAAAGACAGAGAUGCCUUGAUAGCCAUGAAGCUCACAGAUUAGUGUUGCACAACUUCUAUAUUUCAGCUUCAACUAUCACACUGGGUGCUUUUUUAUUUGUUUUUCAACCAGUUUUAAGGAUAUUGAAUCUUCACUGCUACAUGUAGAUGCCAACUUUUUCCUUGGAAAAGUGUGCUUUCUGGUCAUAGGUGGUAUGUAUAAAAUACAUUUCUACUUCCACGUUUUAUUCUUCAAAUGUUUUUCGCUAAUUAUUUAAAGCUUUUAAAGCAUCAUAGCUACAACUUUAUUGUGUAGCUGAUGCAUUGCCCCAAAUGUAACAGGAUUCCAUCUGAAUUUUGCUGUUGACAUUGUUUUCUUCCUCUUCAGUCCUCAAAAUGGUGCACUCCUGCUUCGUUAUUAAGAGAUGACUUGAACCAUUUUUUAAAAUACAAGUUUGAUCUUCUGUAGUGGGUCCGAUAUCCAAAUUGUGGUCUACAUCCACUAAAAGACUAAUGUUACACAAUUAUACUAGAAAGCAUUGGCUUUAAUGUUUGAAGGUGUUUUUUAAAAAUAUAUUAUUUUUGGUAUUUGAAUGCACACUGAAAAUAAAUAUGCGUAAAUCACAAGAAAAAUACUGUUGUAUCAGGAAAAACAGGACUGAACAUAUAUUUCUUUUUGUUCUCUUUCAUAGCAUGUGAAAUGAAUCAAAUCAGUGUGGACGUGGACACUGUCUUGAAGCUGGCAGAUUGUUACUGCAGCCCUGUUCUAUUCUGUGAACUAAAAGUAAGAAUUCUUGGGGUUUUUGCUGUGUGAUUUAUUUUUUUACUGUAGUGUGAACCAAUACUGCAAAUUUGUAUCUUAUCCGGGCUUGUACACUUCUUGUUCCAUUCUCAGCUACUGUGGCCAUUGGCACCGGCCAUGACUAAAAGGACGUGGAGAGAGGUAUGGGUCUGGAAAACCUAGAAUGAUAAACAAGAGAGAUAAACAGCUAAUUGUCAACGUUGUUUGACCAGGGGUCCACAGUUCCUUACUCACUGAGCUAAAAUUGUGGUCAUCGGGUGUUUCUUUUGUCCUAAGUAUGUACUGUGUGCCUGGGUCAAGGAAGCACCCCACCAACCUUUCUGCAAAAAGCAUGCCAGAGAGCUUGCUAAUUUGUUCUAUGGUCCUUGGCAACAUAUCAGUCAAACAACAUCUGCCCCCUCCCCCCCAAUCCUAGGAGAAGACGGGUGGAUCACCGGACAACUGCUAGGAUGGUGCCAUCCAUUUCUUCAGCUCCAAUGUUGGGGAAAGGCAGGAUCCUGCUUUAAUCCAGUUAUCCUUUAAUUCCUUCCUUUCUUGCUCUCAGUUAUGGUUGUGUUAGCAAACCAGGUCUCAAAUACAGGCAUGUUUGCAUUCACCACUUUUAGGAGGGACAUGGCUCAUCUCUUCUUGCUUGGUUUAGAACUCCAUCUGUUGUAGAACUGAAGUUGAUGCUUGUUCUAUUUACCCGGGACAUUGUUCAGAUACUUUCUGUAUUGCAGUCUACCUCCUUUUGACUUCUAGCACACUGGGACAACUCCAGGCUAAGUAUAAGUGGGGUAGUCCUAUCUUUUAGGUUUGGCUUUAGUGACCUUUUGGUUUUUAUCAGUUAUAUGAAGCAAAUGUAUAUUGAUGACUGUUUCUGUCUCAGCAUCGGCCUUAGCUUCCUUACAACUAUUAGAUUUCUCUCUCUCCCUCUUUUAGUGUGAGAGUACCAGGAUUUCCACAGCUCGACAGCUGCUCCGGAUGCUGCAAAUAUGUGCUGGUCACGUGUCAGGAGUUUCUGCACUCUCCUUCAGUUCGUUAAUGGGAAGUUACAUUGAUUACUCCAGUAUCAUGGAAUAAAGUUUUCUAUUUUUCACUUAUCAGUGAUUUCUGGGUGAACUAAAAAACUAAAAAUGAUGCCACAUGUCAUUUAUAGUUAAUAAUGAUACGUGUGUGUGUGUUUGUGUGUGUUUCAGAAAUAAAGUUUAAAUAAUAAAUAAUACUGAAUAGAAGACAGGGGCACUAGAAGCAGAGAUUACAUAGCUUCAAAAUAGCCAAAUUGGUCCAAGGACUGAAAAGCCACCUUUUGGGCUUUCUAGAUAGGCAUCUUUGGUUUAUCCAGUAUGUCUGUAUGGCCUUGUGAGGGGUUUCCAAUACUCUGUGUUUGGAAACUAAUCAGACAGUCAAAUGGCCAGCAGGUCAACGUGGAAAGGCAGUUAAAUGUAAAUCUAUGUUGUGCUUCCAGAACUAAUUGAUGGGACAAGGCUUUUAAUUCCAGAAAUUCAGCUGCAGGUUGGCAACUACAGUUAAGUGGAAGAAUUGCCUCUGAAUUCUAAUACAAGCAUAAAAUGGUGCAAGUGUCUCUUACAUGCCUGUGCAUUUAUGCUGGUGUCUAGUAGACUCUUAGCAAUUAUGCUUUGUUGAGUAAAGCAGAGCCUUAAUGACAAUCUGCGCAAAAAGAGGAUGGUUAACUUGACCAGCCCUAGAACAUUAAUGGCCUUUUUUAUGGAUAGGCACACACAGUCCAGUCAGAUUGUAAAACACAUCUGUUGUUUGUGCUAGUUAAAAAUAGGUCUCCAGAAUAUAGUACUGACAGCAAAGUAGGUCAUAUCAGUCUAGUAUCAGAGUAUGGGUAGACUGAGCAUGAAGAGACAUGUUAUGUUGAACAUUGAGUAGUUGGGAAGAAGCUGCAAAUAGCACAGCUCUUUUUACUAUAGUACUCCUGUCCCUUCCCCGAUGGGUUAGUUUUCCUACCCAAGUUCUGAGAUUAAUUAUCCUUAUUAUGGAUAGUUUUAGAAACAUUGCUACUUCAGUGGCAAAUGAAGGCUUGCCUUUUUGUUCUUGAGAGCAGGAUGGUGUGCAACAUAUGCUUACAUAUGUGGUGUGUAUGAAAAGGUAAACAUUACUAUAUUACGGUCUUGAUUGUGGAAAAUAUUUGUAGGUUAAAUUCAUGCAAUAUGGAAAAUAGAGACUACUUUAUUUAUUAUUGCUGCAUUUUGAUAUCACCAUACUUGGUCUGGAGAACAGCUGAAGGGAAGCGAGAACUAUUUCAAAUGUAAUUAAUUUCAUACAUGAUAUACA